UUAGCUUUUUAGAGAGAGAAAGAGUUUGGUAGGGAUGGUGAAGGCUGGUUCAUACGACAGUAUAAGCGGGAUGAAGAAGGGGGCCUGGAGUGCUGACGAGGAUGCCAAGCUAAAAGACCACAUCACCAAAUUCGGCCACCCCCCCAACUGGCGUCACCUCCCCCUCCUCGCCGGUCUGUCAAGAUGCGGCAAGAGUUGCAGACUUCGAUGGGAGAAUUACCUGAAACCAGGCCUCCGCCAUGGAAGCUUCACCAAAUUUGAAGAGGAUCUAAUCCUGGAAUUACAUGCCAAAAUUGGAAACAAGUGGGCAGCCAUGGCUGCCAUGCUUGACGGGAGGACUGACCAUGCCAUCAAGAACCACUGGAACGCCCACCUGAAGAAGAAGAAGAACAAGAACACGAAGAAGACGACAAGAAAGAGUAAGAUUAAGCGCAGCCAAUCGCCAUCGACUGCCCUAAUUAGUCCGCCUCAAGAUCAAAUUCACUUUCCCCAAAAUCCUAAAAACGAAAAGGAGACUAUAAUCUUGGACGAACUCAAUUCAUCAGAUCUGGUUCCAUUAGUGAACGAUUUGCAGAUUCAGGAUCUCAACGACGACGACUUAGGUUUUCUUGCAGCUGCAAAUUGUCACUCUUCGAUGCUGGAAUUGGAAGAAAGAUUCUCACCUGAGGUGAAUUAUUUAGGUAUCCCUGAAAUUGAUCAUGAUCUGGACCAGCUGCUUCCAAUUUUCAGCUCAUACGAUCAGCUACUUUGCACUGAUGAUCCUCAUCAUAUCUCUGCACUGCUCAUCAACAACAAUGGCAGCUACACUUGUAUAGAACACGAUCCUUCUUAUAAUCAAUUGGAGCAGCUGCAAGAAAAUUGCUUAGAUUUGUAUGGAGAACUAUACCAGACUCCAAACUCGGACAUUAUUAAUGUCGACGAGUCCGAUUGCUUGGCCGCCGGGAGGUGUCCGGCGAUGUCGACUACUAAUGCUCUUGAAGAAGGAGAGGAGAUCAUCAGUUCCAUGUUUCUUGCUAAUUCCUUUGGUGAAGAGGAGGAUAUGAUCUAUGGCCGAUCUGUGUGGUAUCCUUGAAUACAAUAAAGAUUUUGGACAAAUCAAAUUAAAUUUUGAGGUAUAUUUGCAUGUAUGUGUAUAGGGUUCAUUGUAUUGUAUUUGAUGCUUUUAGGGUGUGUUUGUUGAGAGAUUGGAUUUUGAGUUGGGAUUUGAAUAGCAAAAAUUUUGAAUUGUAAUAGUUGUAUGAUGUAAUAUAAAUAAUUGGUGUAUUUGAUUAAUGGUUCAAAUUGUAGUUGAAAGUU